UUUCCUUUCAGGGUGCAAAAUGAUUUUAUAUAAAAUUCAAAAAUUAGUCAGAGCCUUAAAUGCCGAUCGCUGACUUUACUUGGGCCGCUGCCAUCUGUCAAACUGCUGCUGGUGGAUCAGCUGGUCUCCUGGAAGUUUUAGUUACACAUCCUCUGGAUGUUGUUAAGACCCGAAUGCAACUGCAGGGGACACAAGCUCAACAUGGAGAAAUACUCUAUCGCGGAUUCUACGAUUGUUUCAGUAAAAUGUAUCGUUAUGAGGGUUUGUCUGGUUUCUGGAAAGGCAUAAUGCCACCGAUUGUAUUCGAAACACCCAAACGAGCAUUUAAAUUUUUACUGUUUGAACAGUGUCAGCGAUUGUUUAUGUUUGGUAAGCCAAAACGUUCGGCAAUGACUUUCGCAUUGGCUGGUGCUUUGGCCGGAACUUUAGAGUGUUUUUUCCUUAAUCCUUUCGAAGUGGUUAAAAUUACACAGCAGGCAAAUCGUUAUGAAUCUAUAAAUACUGUAACAGUUGCCAAGCAAAUAAUAGAAAAAGAUGGCUUCGGUCUAAGGGGACUCGGUAAAGGCAUUACGGCAACUAUGACACGGAAUGCUAUAUUUCACUUUGUAUUUUUUGGCUUCUACUAUGGAAUGAAGAUAAAACUUCCGCAACGUGAUGAUCCAUUUAUGGACUUCUUACAAAGAACGUCAUUGGCAUUUCUUGCUGGAGUUUUGGCUAUUCUACAUUCAGCCCCCUUCGACAUGGCCAAAUCAAGAAUACAAGGACCUCAACCCAAGCCGGGUAAGAUCAAAUAUGAAUGGACCCUAAGAACUAUGCAAAUGGUAUAUCGCGAAGAAGGAUUUCGUGCCUUAUUCAAGGGUUUAUCGCCAAGUUUAAUGCGUGUGGGUCCAGGUGGGGCUUUAAUGCUAUUAGUUUAUGAAUACGGAUUUGGUUAUUGCAAAAGUAAACUAAUUUAAAGUGUGA